CUCGCCCAUUUCUCCACAGCAUCAAACGCACAUGUUGGGUGUGUUGUGUUAAGGAUUGCAGUGAUAUUACAGUAUUUAGCAAACCUCUGCGCGCUGUCACGUUGCUGUUUGCUCUCUAAUCAACACAGUGACAAUGCGAUAAGUGUCGCAGUCAAUGAUACAUACUUUAAAGUCUGAUAUACUGUAUAAAACACUCGGUGGGGAGGCUUACACGCGACCCAGCGUGGCUGCAAACGGCUGCUGUUCACCGGUCUGAAGGCUUUGAGGCUCGCCGUCCGCCACCAUGAGCUCCAAGGUGUGUAGGAACUGCGGCAGCUCGGACAUCGACGUGGACCAUGCCCGCGGCGACGCCGUCUGCAUGACCUGCGGCUCGGUGCUGGAGGACAACAUCAUCGUGUCUGAGGUGGAGUUUGUGGAGACGGGAGGCGGCGGCUCGUCGGCUGUCGGACAGUUUGUUUCUGCUGAAGGUGGAAAUUUCAACCCAUCUUUUGGAGAUGCACACUACACUGGAAUGGGGAGGGAGUCAAGAGCUAAGACGCUGCAGAGAGCACGACAUAACAUCAACACUCUGGGUCACCAGCUGCAGAUGAACCAGCACUGUCUGGACACGGCCCUGAACUUCUACAAGAUGGCGCUCAUGAAACACCUGACCACCGGCCGCAAGUCGGCCCACGUCGUUGCUGCAUGUCUCUACCUGGUCUGCCGCACCGAGGGAACGCCACACAUGCUGCUGGACCUCAGUGAUCUCCUGCAGGUGAACGUCUACGUACUGGGAAAAACCUUCCUCGUUCUGUCCAGAGAGCUCUGCAUCAACGCCCCGGCUAUAGACCCGUGCCUGUACAUUCCCCGCUUCGCCCAGCUGCUAGAAUUUGGGGAGAAGAACCACGACGUGGCCAUGACGGCCAUGAGGCUGGUGCAGAGGAUGAAGAGGGACUGGAUGCACACGGGACGAAGGCCGUCGGGACUCUGUGGAGCAGCUCUUCUCGUUGCCGCUCGUAUGCACGACUUUCGCCGCACUAUCAAAGAAAUUGUCAACGUUGUAAAAGUGUGUGAAACCACGCUAAGAAAAAGACUGAUAGAGUUUGAGGACACACCCACCAGUCAGCUGACCAUCGAAGAGUUCCUGAAGACCGAUCUGGACGAAGAGUGUGACCCGCCCUGCUUUACAGCCGGACUGAGGAAGAAAAAGGUCCAGCAGCUGGAGAUCGAGCUGAAGAAGAAGAUGGAUGACGUCGAAGAUGAAAUUCAAGGCUUCCAGGAUGAAAUAGACUCAGAGCUUCAGAACAAUCGACCCAAACUAAGAGGAGUCUACGCUGCCUACGCUAAAGAAGACUGCGAUAAGGACAACGGCGACACCCUCUCCACAUCGUCUAAGACAGACCCAGACUGUGAGGAAUCAGAGGAGGAAGACGUGCUGCAGGCCGUGGCCAAGCACUUUGGCAAAGACCUGGGCGAGCUGACGCUGGAGGCCCUGCUGAAACUGGAGCGCAAGAGACCAGAGGAGGAAGAGGAGAACCAUGAGGAGGAUGUCCCGAAGCGAAAAGCCCCGUCGCUGGCGUCCAUCCUGGGCCCGAUGCCCACAGCAGCCACCCUCGGCCUCCCCGAGUCCAUCGACAACUGCAUUGGAGACGAGAAGGAGAACGAUGGUGCUGCUGACAGCGGGGAGCUGGACCUGAGUGGGAUAGAUGACCGUGAGAUAGAGCUGUAUCUGCUGAGUGACACAGAAAUCAAAGUGAAGACAGCGCUGUGGAUGGCAGAAAACUCUGACUACCUCAAAGAGCAGAGAGAGAAGGAAGCAAAGAUAGCAAAGGAGAAGGCGCUUGGGAUCUACAAAGAAAAGAAGCCCAGAGGACCCAUCAAGAGGCACCCCCCGAUCAGAGCCAACACCGCAGACGAGGCCAUCGAGAAGAUGCUGGAGCAGAAGAAGAUCUCCAACAAGAUUAACUACGACGUCCUGAAGGACCUCAACAUCAAGCCCGGCGCCAGCCCAGCUCGCCAGGCCGAGACCCCCAAGAAGGAGCCGUCUGCCACCAAACUGACGGGACGCAACCGCCAACCUGCACGGGUCCCGCUUAGCCUCAGCACGCCCCUCAGCACCCUGGGAAAAAGGUUGCAGCCGUUCAUCAGCGGACAGCCCAGCAAGAAGCUGGCUGUGGAGCAGAUUGCCAACCCCAACCCCCUGCCUGUGGCGGCGGGAGCCCCCGCCAGCGGAGUGGUGGUGGAGAGCGGCCCGGUGGUCUACGACGAUGCAGCUGCUGAAGAGGAAGAGGAGGAGGAAGAGGAGGCUUGUGUCAGCGCCAUGGAGCUGCUGGGCGGCAACGAAUAUGGAAGUGAUGGAGAUUACGACGAUUGAUUCUAGCAGUGGUCUUCACUGGGUUAUUAUCCCCAACUAGUACGGACUAUUUUGAAUCUUGAAAGUGCAUCAGACAUUUACUACCAGGGACACACAAUGGCUGCAGUUACAGGUGAGAGCUGUGAUGCCAAGAGAAAUGAGGAAUUCCCAUCAGGAACAAAUGGUCGUGUGUGCAAGAAAACAAAAGAUGGAAAUAUCACACUCCUUGUCCCAUUUGGCAACUCGACUGGACUGAACUGGGAGGACGCACUACUUGGAUGCUGACAGAGAUGGUGAAGUGGAAAUAAAGGGAUACAGGUAUAUUAAUCAGUGUGGGUCACAGGCCUCCUGUGGUGGUAAUACCGCAAAAUCAAAUGUAGGAAAUAUUCCAGUGAGCAUUGGUUUGUGGAUUUGCAGGUCAGAAGUCAUUAAAACAUAAAAAAGAGGGCUAAACUUUUAGAUGACUAGACUCCAUAUAAUUGUUGAUUCAACACCAUUGAAAUGACUAUAUUUUAAUGUAGUAAGGACCUCAUUCACACCGAAAUAUAGUCAUUUAAAUGCUGCUGAAAUAAUAGUUAUUGUAAUUUCACAAAUAUAUAGUAAAUAAAUAUAGUAUUUCACAAAAUGUAGUCCCGUCUUAAAGGGAUAGUUCAGAGGUUUGUUCAGUGUGGUUGUAUUUAGCUCCUUCUCCAUAGUCGGUGUGUUAGCUCCAGUAGAUGGGGGGUCGGCCUACCCCAGUUUGGAGAAUCAGGCAGGACUGCUGACACGGAAAAUAAGCAAUGUCCCGCUGUGGACGGGAGCAGCAGCGAAACACAUUUAAGACACCUGAAAACAUACAUAUCAGUUUAAGUGGACGCUAUAUUUAGAAUAUUUUCAGUCAUUUUACCUCGCAGAACACAGAAGUUGCUGCUCUACCACUGCCUCCAUCAGUUUGUUUAUGUCAUUGUGUGAAUCUGAACUAACUCUUUAAAACACCAAAGUCACACAUUGACACAAAUGCCUGUUUUUGUCAAAGGAGUCUGGUGACUUCAAAGAGAGCAGAGAUAACGUCUUCAGUUCCCCAUCACAAAGGGCUGUCUGACAGCAAGGUAAAGCUGUAAAAAUACUCUAAAUAUAGCGUCCACUUAAACUGAUAUAGACGUUUUUAGGUGUCUAAAAUGUGUUUAGCUGCUGCUCCCGUCCACAGCGGGACAUUGAUUAUUUUCCGAGUCGGUACUCCUGCCUGAUUCUCCAAACUGGGGGAGAGCGGACCAUAAUCUACUGUAACUAACACACUGACUAUGGAGACGUAGCUCAUACUACCACACUGCAAAACAUCUGAACUAUCCAUUUAAGAUAGAUAGAUCUUUUGUCCUGCAAAAUACCAUAUCAGUGUUUUCUGUGAAGCACUCAUCAGGAUGAUUUUUUUUAUUUUAAUUUAACAACUAUCUCCUCUGGAUCAAACCUUUUUUCUCUGUGGUUUUGUUGAGGUGUAAUGUAGCAAAGAGAAAAGUCGAACAAAAUGCAAAACAUAUCCUUGGACUUGCACUUUGCAUUCAUAACACUCAAAUAUUUACUAAAGUGCUUCCUGAUAACUAAUUCUGUCACAAAGCUAGUAUCCUAUACUCUCUCAACAGUGACAUGUACUUAGAAACAAGCAUCUAACAAUCAGGUAGCGUAAGAUCAAUCAGCAACCUCACUGCUCAGAUCAAUAUUUAUUAAAGCCUUAGGUGAUAAGUGGGCCGAUACAUGGACCGCAUGCUGUCUGCUCUGCUAAGUAUUACAAUAAUGUUGCCUUUUGAACAAUUUAAGCAAUCCCAGGUUAUGUGCCAAUGUUUGCUGAGAUGUUAUUAAAUCCAAAAAUAGAUUUUAAUUUCAGAUCAAGUUCGUAUUAGCAAUUAGAUGGUUUGAUUGGUUUUUUUAGGUUGCCAUUAAUUUGGUUCAGGAUUUUCUUAAUUGUUUUUUGAUGGAAUUGAUUCUCUAUGAUUAAUUCAUGAGAUUGUGUCAUUUGAUUUAUGUUUAAUAUUCUUCAAUGCCCUGUCAUGGGCCAAAGAGGCUUUAAAGCCAGGAUGUACAUACAUUCUCUACAAUGUUAUAUUUUCCAAACAAGAGAGAGAACCCGAUGAGAGAAUAGAUUUCAUUUUGUAUUUAAGAUUUUAUGAUUUUUGUGUGGGGAAAAAUGGUACUUGGGAGGUGCAAAUGAUUGUGGCCUUUACACUGUGUCCACACAACAGUAUUUAAUGAGGCGUCUUGAGAAACCUCCACUGCCUCUGUGUCGCUGCUAUAAGUCAUGAUGUUACAUCUGCAUAUUGUUGUGUGCAUUUGCUGCUACAGUAAAGAUUUCACUAAACA